AUGGAGUUAUUGUCUGCUGAUGCUAUGCAUAAGCGUGGGACGCACCUCGCCACAGGACGAUGGCGAUUUCAACCCGGCGACGCCACGGAAUCGCGGACAAUCAGACAGAGACAGACAGUGGUCUCCCUCUCCCAACAGCAUACCCAACGACAGGCGCUCGUUCUUUGAGAACAGUGUCAUCAUUAGAGAAGCUUCGGUGCCAGCAACGAUGGUAUCAGGCGACUAUAAACUGCGAGUGGAUGGUCUGUUUGAUGGAGUGAUCGGCGGAACUGCUUUUGUCAAUGAGACACGCUUGCUGUUUUCUCAGCGGUCCAUGACCAUUUUCAUUCAGACUGACAAACCUGUCUACAUGCAAGGCCAAGCUGUGAAAUUCCGUGUGAUACUCAUCAAUUCAGAACUUCGUGCCUUUGACAAUGCAAUUGAUGUCUACAUGUUGGAUCCAAACAGACACAUCAUGCGGCGAUGGCUUUCAAGACAGUCGAAUGUAGGAUCGGUGAGCCUCGACUAUCUACUGUCAGACCAGCCAGUGUUUGGCAAUUGGACCAUUCAAGUGAUUGCCCAAGGACAGAUUGAAGAGCAAAUAUUCCUUGUGGAAGAGUACUACCAGACUCGAUUCGAAAACGAGGAAUUCCCGUUCUGGUUUGCUCCAAAGCAAGAAGAAAAUUAUUGGGCAAAUCCAGUUCCACAUCUAAAAUACUUCCGUGGUGUGUAUCAUUUCCAAUACCCAUUGUCAGAGCUGGAGCAAUUCGUGCCCAGUUUGGAUGGAAUGGAGAUAAUGGUGACAGCUACGGUCGGUGAUAGGUUCCUGGAUGAAGUGAUUGAAGGCUACUCAAUCGCUCGCGCUUUCAAUUCAACGCUCAGAGUCAAUUUCAUGGGAGGAUCUCCUCAAGUGUUCAAACCUUCCAUGCCAUUCAACGUAUUUUUGACAGUGUCAUCUCAAGAUGGCUCGUCCCUAUCGUCCGACAGACUCCGCAACGGACGCAUGGAGCUGACGGCAGAUGUGGGCAUGCGCACAGGCGGCCGACGCAACAUCGAAAUGCAGAUGCUGAAGAUGUCCGAUCAAGAAGGCGUGUGGGAGAUGAAGUUCGACCUGCAACAGCUGUUGGGGCUGGACGACAACAAGCGAGCCACCGAGAUCCUCAAGGACAUCGACUCGAUGCGCAUCGGUGCCAGCUACAAGGACGCCAACGGCGACCGAACAACAGCUGAUCUGCUGCUGCUGGCCCACUACUCGCCUUUGAACCAUCACAUCAAAGUGUCCACGUCUACUAGUCAACCCAAGGUGGGCGAGUACAUAAUUUUCCACGUGCAAAGCAACUUCUUCAUGGAGACGUUCAACUACAUAAUCAUGUCGAAGGGCAUAAUUCUGCUGACAGGGCAGGAGAACAUGCAGCGUAGUAUUCGCACGUUUGCCAUUACGCUGAGUGCCGACAUGGCGCCCGUCGCAACCAUUGUCGUCUACAGCAUUGAGCGUUUCGGCGAUGUCAUCGCAGACAGCUUGACGUUCCCUGUCAACGGCAUCUCGAGGAAUAAUUUCACCUUAUUCAUCAAUAACCGCAAAGCUCGAACUGGUGAACGUGUCGAAGUAGCAAUUUACGGCGAGCCGGGAGUCUUCGUCGGCCUCUCUGGAAUCGACCGAGCAUUCUACAGCAUGCAAGCAGGAAAUGAGCUGACCUAUGCUAAGGUGAUCCAAAACAUGGCCACUUAUGGUGAAGACACGAAUGGCACAUUCAUCCACACCUGGUUCUCAAGAGAAGGGAAUGCGGAGGACAUCGUACAUUUCCCCUCAUCAACAUUCGGUAUUGAUGCCAACAGAACUUUCCAGUUUGCAAGUCUGGUGGUGUUCACUGAUGUGGAGGUGACUCGCAGAAUAAAUGUGUGCAACAUCACUCAGGGCCUGGCCGAGUGCCUCAACGGCAGAUGCUAGUUGUCUAUGUGCCGAUUGUGCCCAUAAGACUGGGAGACAUUCCUGUAACAAUAGUUGCCUCGUGUUUGAUGGGAAAAGACUCCGUUACUCGAAAUCUUCAUGUUAAGCCCGACGGAUUACCGCAGUACAGGCAUCAAUCGAUCCUACUGGACUUGAGCAACCGGGCCUACAUCUUCCAGUACAUGCACGUGAACAUCACGGAGACGCCGAUCAUUCCGUACGAUGAGGACCGCUACUACAUCUUCGGCUCCAAUCGGGCCUUCGUGUCGGUGGUCGGUGACGUCGUGGGCCCCAUAUUCCCCACAAUGCCUGUCAAUGCAUCUUCGCUGCUCGAUCUGCUAUGGACCGCUACUACAUCUUCGGCUCCAAUCGGGCCUCUGUCGGUGGUCGGUGACGUCGUGGGCCCCAUAUUCCCCACAAUGCCUGUCAAUGCAUCUUCGCUGCUCGAUCUGCCUAUGGACUGUGCGGAGCAGACAAUGUUCAGUUUUGCAGUCAACCUGUAUACAACACUGUACAUGCGUCUCAUCAAUCAGAGAAACAGAACUCAGGAGAAGCAUGCGUUCUUCCAUAUGAAUGUGUUGUAUCAACGCGCCCUAUCAUUCAUGAACAAAGAUGGAUCAUUCAGUUUCUUCAGAACGGACUGGAAUCAGUCGUCUUCAAGUGUAUGGCUAACCGCGUUUUGUGCUAGAGUCCUUCAGGAAGCCAGCUUUUACGAAUGGGAAAACUAUAUCUACAUUGAUCCUGAUUUGAUUGCGAAGUCAGUGUACUGGGUGUUGCAACAUCAGACACAAGAGGGCGCUUUCUACGAAGUAACAUGGCUGCCUGACCGAAAGAUGAACCACUCUCUCAAUGGGCCUGACGAUCACAUUCGCUUCAGAAAUAUUUCUUUGACGGCGCACGUUCUUAUAACACUGGAUACCGUGAAAGAUUUGACCGGGGGCUUGGGAAGUCAAGUGGCGUUGGCGCAAGGCCGGGCGAUUCAGUGGUUGGAAAGAAAUCUGAAACUGCUUGACACUCACGGAGAUCCCUAUGAGGUGGCCAUUGUGGCAUACGCCCUGAUGCUGAGUAAGGCUGCUACUGCCGAGGCAGCCUUCGGGAUCCUUAUCAAACAUGCUCGCAAUGAAGGUGGUCUGAUGUACUGGGGGAAGGAGUCGGUGCCAGCCCCUCCAGUGAAGAUGGAGAACCAGAAGCCGUUCCUGCUGCCGCGUCUGCCCUACAAGUACGACUCGACCAACAUAGAGACGACCGCCUACGCGCUGCUCGUGUAUGUCGCCAGGCAGGAGGUGAUGCUCGACUCAAUCGUCAAGUGGCUCAACUCGCAGCGGUUGACUGACGGAGGGUGGGCGUCUACACAGGACACAGCUUGGGCAAUGAAAUCGCUGAUUGAAUACACAAACCGCGCACGCAUCAGGGAUGUGUCAUCUCUGUCAGUGACUGUCGAGGCGACUGCACUACCGGGCAAAACUAGGCGCCUCUUUGUCAACAACAAGAACAUUGCUCAACUACAAAGAAUUGAGAUCCCAGAAGCGUGGGGCACAGUGAAGGUGCAGGCGAAUGGUGCCGGAUACGCGAUCCUGCAGAUGUCGGUGCAGUACAACGUGGACAUCCCCAAGUUCCAGACUCAGCCACCAGUGCGCGCCUUCUCUCUGCGCACGCAUGCUGUCUUCCACGGCAGGAAUCAGUCGCACAUCACCUACAAAUCAUGCCAAAGGUGGACAAAUUACAAUGAAUCGGUUCGUUCGGGGAUGGCAGUCCUUGAUGUGACCAUUCCAACCGGAUACAUCAUUCAACAACAGAAACUGGACGCCUACAUUAGAUCGAAGAAUGUUCGCAACUUACAACGUGCUCGCUUUGCCGAGCGGAAAGUGCUUUUCUACUUCGACUAUCUUGACGACAGAGACGUUUGCAUUAACUUCACAAUCGAGCGCUGGUAUCCUGUGGCCAACAUGUCUCGGUUCUUGCCAAUCAGAGUUUACGACUAUUAUGCACCUGAGCGUUUCAACGAAACAAUAUUCGACUCGCUGACGACGUACGUUCACAUCUGUGAGGUGUGUGGUAGCAGUCAGUGCCCCUACUGUCCCAUCUACAAUGUGGGCUCUCUGCUUCGAGCGCCAGCCGCCAUUUUGCUUCUGUCGGUGGCCCUCUCCUCCCUCCUCUGGUCACGUGGUCUCUUCAGCUGGCAUCGAGACUCAUCGCCUCUUGGGACGUUGUGACCGCCACACCACUAGAGCGACCGGUGCUGCUGUGCUAUGCUGUUACCUGCCUCUGUGCGCCAAGUGAUCAGUAGAUCUAUUAAAUUCUAUUCGAAAUUUUCCCAUCGGACAAUGACUGAUGAUCUGCCAAUUAUAUCAUAGACAAGGGGUUGUUGCUCAACUGUUGCUUUAUUUAACUAUCAUGACUAGGUUCAUAGUAUCGUAUAUGUGAAGCAACAUCAAUUUAUUUGUCAUUUUCUGAUAUCAGUAAUUCUAGUUACACACACACAUCGAUCUUUGGACGUACGAUUUUUCUGAUGUCCUUAUAAAUGCUAUUAAAUCAAAUUUUAAAAACACUUGAAUAGGUGUGACAACAAGGAAUAAAUUAAAGAAAUAACAAAACAUAAAGCAUAAUGAGUAAUUAAUAAAUCAAUAGCCGCCCACACAAUAAUCAAUUAAUGUAAAGGAAAUAGAAGAAUUAGUUUAUUAGAUUAAACAUAACCUGGUAAACAGAUGAUUUGUUAAUGUUUUUGCCAAGUUCAGUUUAAUCUGGAAGAAUUCAUAAUAACGGCAAAAAAAUCGAACGUCCAAAAAUAGAUGUGUGUGUAACUUGGUUUAACAGUGAUCCAAAGUCAACAAAAAGUAUUAAAUUUUCAUUGAAAUAAUCAUGUUUAUAUUUUACACUAUGUAAAUAAUAUCAUUGUAACAUUACAAUGUAAUUAUUAUACUGUUAUAAUAAUCGUUAUAACAAAAUAAUUAUUAUUUUUCACUGGAUAAUUAUUUGUAUUCUACUCAUUGAAGUUUGGAUGCAAGACCCAUGUUUACUAUCAUGACCUAUUACAAUAUUUACUUUUAUUAUCGUCUACUGAAUUUUCAAACCGAUAGUUAGUUGCUCAGAUUCUUGUAAUACAAAUUGCAGUACUAAUAGUUAAAUAUUUUAUAACUUAGUAUCUAAAUCCUGAUCCUUAUAACAAUCCUGAUUGUGAUCUGGGUUCUAAUGUUAAUCUUAGUGCCGGUUGCACAACAGCCGGUUAAAUUUUAACCGUGAUUAAUUUCACGAGAACCAAUCAGAGAAGGCGUUUUUGAAAAGACUGCAUCUCUGAUUGGUUCUCGUGGAAUUAAUCACGGUUAAAAUUUAACCGGCUGUUGUGCAACCGGCACUUGAUGUUUAUCAUUUUCCAUUAUUGUAAAUAUUUUCAUUAGUGACAUCCAACAAAUUAGUACGGUAUUGCCUUGGAAUGGGUUGGUCAUAUGUUGUUUUCAGUCCAUUAAUGUACAAACACUGUUAUUUUAUGUAAGCGAUUUUUAAUAAAUUAUUUCGUUAGGAACUCUUUUCAGUAUGACGACUGAUCCCCAGAGUGAUAAUAUUUAUUUCGAUUGCGGACUCGAUUUUACUUCCGAUUUUUCAAUAAGGCUCAAUAUAUUGAUACAAUUUCUAUGCUAUCCAAAAAUAUUAUGCAAUUUUUUAAUCUUGGAACCAAUAAUAAAUUAUUCUUGAUGAAUGCAAUAUUGAAAUCUGUGGAAUAUAGUUUAUGAUCGUUGAAUCUCAUAGAAAUGAACUGAGGAAUGAAUCUAAUUUUUUUCAAGAUAAUUGAUGUGCAAUAUUGUAAUCAAAUUAUAAUAAUACAGUAACUUAACAUGUUGCAAUCGCAACUCAUCCUCAUAAAAAAUUUCUCUUUGUAAAUGUAUUGCUACAUUAACUAAACCUGAGUCUUUUAUAGUAUUGUAGUAUUAUCAAAUCUUUUAAUUUACUUCCAUUCAAAUUAUAUAUUACUGUUUAAAUAUUGUAACUGUGAAUUUUAUUUUGAUCUCUACUACUGUUAUUAUUUAUAAUGGUAUAUUAUUUGAUAUUUUUUGACUUAUUGAACAAUGUAGUGUUUAUUUUUUAAAUUAUUUUUAAUUUUCUGAUCUCAAAAGAAUCCUAAUAUUUUCUUUCAGUCUCUACUCGCAUCUCCGUCCUUUAAACAUGUGCUUAAAUCUAUUGAAUUGAGUUCAGUCGAAUACUGCUGUUUAUAUUUACGUUGCAAAUAGUAUUAAUAAUUCGUCAACUUGGUAAUUACAAUAUAUUAUCCCAUUACCUAGGUGUUGAAGAGGUCGUGUGUAUUUCAACAAUUUAUAUUGAUCCAAUCAGCAAUGACAAUGGUUUAUUCACUUUAUAUUAUAUAUUUUUUUUAAUGAAUCUCAAUUAACUCUUGUCUGAUGCUACUAAACUACUUUAAUAAAUCGCACUGACAUGCUAUUAAUUAUAUCGAGUAGUAAUCUUUCUGUACAGUAGUUACUCUAACCUUCCUUUUAUUUAUUUUUUUCUAAUUCCUUUGUUACUGAAGAUAUUUCAGAUGUGGUGCAUGCACCCAAUGUACUUAUACUUUAAAGAACACUCAUAGCCUACUAUAAACUCAAUCUAACAUUCAACGCAUAGAGAUUGUAAACUUUUCUAUGAAUGGAUGUAUUUUGUAUAGUCAGGCAUUUAUUCGAACUCAUCUAGUUACUUAAGCACGACAAAGUUAUAAAACGUUAACCAAUCGGAAUUAUUUCCUCAAUAUUUUCUUGAACAUAAAAUAUUAAUUAUUUAGCUUUUCUAUAAAAUGUAUGUUAAUUUUACUAUGAAUUAUACUUUAAUCAGAUUUCAUCUAAAAUAUUUUCAUGAAUACUGAUAAUGUGUAGCCAUGAAUAGAUUAUCGAAAUAGUAUUUCCGAUUUUAUAGUAGCGUAGAUGAGGCAAUUAAUGGAUAGCCUUGUAAAAUAUUUAUCAAGGUAAAUCAAACACCUUUACUUGAUUUUCGUCAAACUUGAAAGCACAAAAAAUAAUUGGGUUGUCUAUUAAAUUUACUACUUUAAUCCAACUAACUUCUGGAGUGUAGCAGAUUAUAUCAUGCUCUGAGCAAUUACCCCUUGAAAAUUAGUCACUUUUUCCGUCCAUCGUUUUGUAAAUAAUAUUCUCAUUAAUUCAUAGAAUUAUGAUUUUUAUUUGACAAUAGAAAAUGUGUAUAUUCAGAUAUAUGGUAUUAGUUUGUAAUCAUUCAAACCUAGAACUUAGAUUUUAAGACUCAGAUUCACUCUCAUAUAUUGCCUUAAUAUAUCAUUAAGUGAAGAUUCUGCAGAUAUAAUGUCAAUAAAGCUUAGGAGUGAAUGUAUCACACCUUGCCUUGUUUGUAUGUAAGUUGUUAGCCAUUGUAUGUGUGUGAUUUCUCAUGAUUAAUAAAUUUAUCAAAAUGAUCUAAUAGAUAGGUAUAUUUUGAAAAUUGUUGGAAUAAUUAUCAUUUAUCAUGGUAGUGAAACAUUAUAAAGAGUAUAGAUGGAUAUUUUAUAGAUAUUUUAUAAAGUAGAUAGUAGUAGUAUAUUUUAUUGAUUUUCAAAUAAUUACUACUGUAUAUAUCCAAUCGUCUUCUUUCAGCUAAAAAAGUACAGUAUUAGAUUUCAUAAAAAUUAAUGGAUAUUUAUUAACCUUUUUAUAAAAAUAUUGAAUUUGUUUUUGUGAUUUUUACUUUAUAUUUCACGUUUCUUAUUAAUGAAUUAUUCUUAAUUUCACUAUUCUUUGGAUAUAUUUUUUUUGUAAUGAAUAUAUACUUAAAUGAGCUGCUUGCUUAACACAAAUGUGAAUAGUUUGGUAAGUUAGUAAAUAUAAAAUAAGAAUGGAAAUGUUUUAUAAAAUAUUAAUAUUAUCUCUCAUAAAUUGAGAAUAGUUUACAUGUUGUGUUCAAUUGAUUGCUUUCCGUUCAAAGAUUGGUAUUGUAAUUAUAAUGAUGACAAUUAUAAAGAAAUCAUGUAGUUUUUGUGAAUCUUCAAUUUUUUACUGCAUAAUAUGAGUUUAUAAUAAAUUGAUGGUUGUUGAUGAAAA